GUCGCGCGGCGAUCAUGUGCGUGCCGCCUUGUUUACCAAGUUCCUCAUCAUGCCUCCCUCAGACACCGAAGACGACGUCCUCGAAGACAACGAAGACGACCUCGAUGAAGACGCUGAAAAUGACCUUGACGAGGAGCUGUUCGAUGCUAUAAACGAGGAAGCCACGGAAGACGGAGACGAUCUCUACCGAUGAAGGCUUUUCUGACGAUAAUGACGACGACGACGAUGAAUCGGAGCCUUCGAGAGACAUGCAGCAGCCUACAUCACAGCAAAGCUCAGUCCAGAACGCGUCCUUGCUGUCGCCUCAAUCCCAAUCCCAGCCGUCUUCUGUCAAACAAGCUUCACCACCCCUGGUUCGCAAGAGAUCCCUCUCACCUGCCCAAGCUCGGAAAAAAGCUCUUUAUUAUCCGAGAGGGUCUGACGUACCCGUCUAUCGUGCAUGCAUCGUCGAGGCCGUAUGUGCAAUACCCCACCCGGUUCCCAUCCAUGCACUCGCCUCUUCUCACUGCAUGACCCAUCUUCUCACUGGAUCUGAUGAUGGUUAUAUCCGUGACUACGAUAUUUUUACGGCUCUAAACGGAAAGAACUUCUUGACGGCGCCACAAAGACAUCACUCUGGUGUUGUGGAGGGAAUCAUGAAAUCUGGGCAACUCCGUUUUUGGUGGGAGAAUCCAACGCCUCAAGACGUGUCGACUGCUUCGGCCGAGGAUGAGACAGGGCUGUCCCCGGUAUAUUGUUUAGCGAUGCAUUCAGACGCGCUGUGGGCUCUUGCGGGAAGCGACUCUGGCCCCAUCAGCCUCUAUACAGUGAGGCAUGAUCCUGGACGUUUAUGUCAUGUCAUGAGUGGUCAUCGCGGCCCCGUAUCUGCGCUAUCUCUGGACCACGAUGAAAAAGGUUUCUUUAGUGCUGGAUGGGACGGUGACGCGCUUCUGUGGGACCUCAACACAGGCCAGAAAGUAAGAAACUUUACAUCUCAUGGUGCCCAGCUUACAGGAGUUGCGGUACGGCCGACAAAUGCGGUGUUUGCAGAGCCAGGACCUGCAGUCGUCAUCCGGCCCGAAUCCGAGGUGACUUCGACUUUACCAGACGAAGGUACCAUUGCAUCGGCUCCCGCGAUAGCGCCACAACCCGUGCCACCAGGCGCUUCGGUAGCUGCAUCUGCACCUGAUUCACCAUCUCAAUCAGAUGGAUCUUUCGAUGACCUCUUCGACGAACCGGAGAACAAUACACAGGGUAGUACCCAAAACAAAUCCCAAACCUCAGCAAACGGGGCUACGGGGCUAGCUGUUCCUCCCCCAGCUCAGCCCCAACAACCUCCGCGUCCCAAUUUCGGCUCAAUAGCACCAUCCAAGAAUGCGCCCCCUUUGCUCGAUCCUGAUACUUAUAUGAAAUUCUCGCCGGAUAUUUUAUUGACGGCAUCUAUAGAUGGCCAGGUGAUCCUCUGGGAUAAAAGAGUAAACACACCCGGCACGGGAGUUGGAAGACUAUGGAUGAAUGAAAAGACUCCCCCCUGGUGCUUGUCGGCAUGCUGGUCUGCGGACGGCGGCCAAAUAUAUGCCGGAAGGCGUAACGGGACCGUUGACGUCUGGGAUGUACGCCAGCUUGGUCGUUCGGGUCCUUCUUCCACCCCCAGGCUUCUGAAAACCCUGAGAAACCCACCAAGCUCCGGAGUAGUUUCAUGUGUGGUCGCGUUUCCAGACAACAAACAUAUCGCCUGCGCGUCCAUCGAUAAUCUGCGUCUGUGGAAUGUGGAUGUUGUCGAAUCUGACCCUGGUAGACCAAAGGCUGGGAUGCAGUUCAAGAUCAUACCAGGCCACCACGGGGGGUAUAUCUCUAAUCUUUUGGUCGAUCCUGGAGGCAGAUUUCUAGUAAGCGCUAGUAGCAACCGCGGGUGGCAUGGGGAGUCCACACGGACAGUAUUUGUGCAUGACAUAAAGCAUGUUCAAUAACAGCGAUAGGUUCACAACGCCGCAAUUUGGACCUUAAGGGUUGAAAACGCUGACUGACUACUCUCUUCGUCAUAUUUGAAUCAUUUCUUCUGCAAGUAACAAGAUAUUUUGCAUGUUCGCCGCCAAGUCACGAGGAUCAGAGACCAUUUCACAUCCCGUCCUGUGCUCCAUCCCGCCCAUAAUUAGCUUCCGAGCGUGUAUUGAGAAGUGAGCAUCCGAGGAACAGAACGACCUGUCAAUAAUGAAGUUCAAUAUAGGACUUGCAAGCUUCGCCGGA